AACCUGGUUGCAGCGGUUUGCAGCAUCCGAUCGGACCCAACAGCCUCAAUCGAAAAAUCAAUAAGCUACCUUACCUAUCCUGGGACGGGCUCGGCCAUUUGCGCCGAUUCCACGCUGCAGCCCCCGCGCGGUUCCGCGACUCAGUGCCAGCAGGCUACCCUUCCCCGCCAGAUCCUCAGCGUCCGCCCGUCGCCUCUCCCACCCACCUCACCGCGGCGUAACCACAGCGAGCCCCUCCAAGGAACUUGCAACCAGUCACCAUUGGCCGGCCGUUUGAUUGCUGUGCAGCUCGUCGUCACAGCCGCUUGGCCGCUCUUCCUUUCUCGGACGCGGCCGCCCAAUUGGACGGCGCAGGGCAUUCCGGUCGGCUGUCCCCAAAACGCGCUUGAUGCCCGCCCUCGGCUUCCUGAGAAGGAGACGGACGAGGGACGGCAACCCGGGCCCCUCGCCGCCCGCAACCCCGACCGCGAGCAGCAGCGCCGAGCAGCCCACCGUCCCGCGCAGCUCUCCCCAUUCCAGCGCCGGUUCGCAACCCGCCCACCGCGUGUCCGCAACUGCUACUCAACAGCCAGGCAAGCCGGCCGAAGCGGAACCAAUGAACACGCUACCCGUGCAGCAGCCACCUUACCCAGUGGCGCAACACACGCCCUCCCCUGGGUCCCAGCCGCAGAACGUGCCGCGCAUCUCGAACCUGAUCAAUGCCCCGCAACAGCAACAGCCGCAGGACAGUUCGGCCGGGUACCAACAGCAGCAUUCGGGCGGUCAAUAUGCUCCGUAUCCCUCUAACCACGGGGCGGCGGCGGCGACGACAUCAAAUCAGGCCCAGCCCCAGCCACAGCAGCCGCAGCCGCAGCCGCAGAGGCAGCAGGAUCAGCAACAGGCACAGCAAGUACAACAAGCGCAGCAGCACUAUCAACCAGAACAGCAACAACUAGCACAGCAGACGGUGCAGGCGGUGCAGCAGGUGCAGCAGAGCGAGGCUCGGGUGACGAGGGGAAGAUACUCGCUGGCGGACUUUGAGAUUUUGCGGACGCUCGGGACGGGCAGCUUCGGCAGGGUCCAUCUGGUGCAGUCAAGACACAACAGCCGGUUCUACGCCAUCAAGGUCCUGAAGAAGGCGCAGGUGGUCAAGAUGAAGCAGGUGGAGCACACCAAUGACGAGAGGAGGAUGCUGGGCGAGGUGAAGCACCCGUUCCUGAUCACGCUGUGGGGCACCUUCCAGGACGCGAAGAACCUCUACAUGGUGAUGGACUUUGUCGAAGGCGGCGAGCUCUUCUCGCUGCUCAGGAGAUCAGGCCGCUUCCCCAAUCCGGUGGCCAAGUUCUACGCCGCCGAGGUUACGUUGGCCCUAGAGUAUCUGCACGCGCGGAACAUCAUCUACCGAGACCUGAAGCCGGAAAACCUGCUGCUUGACCGGCACGGCCACCUCAAGAUCACGGAUUUCGGGUUCGCCAAGCGCGUGCCGGACAAGACCUGGACGCUCUGCGGCACCCCAGACUACCUGGCACCCGAAGUCGUCUCCAACAAAGGCUACAACAAAUCGGUAGACUGGUGGUCAUUAGGCAUCCUGAUCUACGAGAUGCUCUGCGGGUACACGCCGUUCUACGACAGCGGCUCGGCCAUGAAGAUCUACGAGAACAUCCUCCGCGGCAAGGUCAAGUACCCGGCCUACGUCAACCCGGACGCGCAGGACCUGCUCGAGCGGCUCAUCACGGCCGACCUCACCAAGCGGCUGGGCAACCUGUACGGCGGGUCCCAGGACGUCAAGAACCACCCCUGGUUUGCCGAGGUGACGUGGGACCGGCUGGCGCGCAAGGACAUCGACGCGCCGUACUCGCCGCCGGUCCGGGCCGGCGCCGGCGACGCCAGCCAGUUUGACCGGUACCCCGAAGAGACGGAGCAGUACGGACAAACCGGGCAUGACGAAUACGGCUACCUGUUUCCAGACUUUUGAAGCGGCUGGUUGAUAGCGCAACCCGGACAUGGGAGGAUAUGCCGACUGCCCUCUCUUUCGACUCGCGAGGGCCGUGACUAGAACACAGGGACUGGGAAAUGCAUGGGACGGACCGGGGGUGGGGGCGAACGGAUUGCUUGAAUUUACGGAGCUUGGGAAAUCGGAAAAAAACAAAGCGAAACGGCCCGGAUUGGUUCCUAACUCACUCUGAGGGUCCCGGGGGGAGGUGGUUGGGGGGAAGAGACCUAGGAUAUUCGAUUCGUGAUCCUUGAGUACCUAUCUCAACCUUGCCUCUCAACCUUGACUGCUUUACGUUACCUAUACCACGGAACAGACACCACACAUGAAGAGCAUUGUUUACAUGGCGCCUGCACAGGCUAGGAGAGCACCGUUAGAGUUAGGUUCAGGUUUGACUUGACCUCUUGGGUACCAGAGAUACACCAAUGCUAUUGGAGUUUGAAUCCGAGCUCUUCCUUCUUUCUCUCUCCCCCUCCCUCUCU